AUGCAGGGUCCGGGAGGAGGCGGCGGCGGUCCGGGAGGACCAGGUGGCGGCGGUCAUGGAGGGCCAGGCGGCGGCGGUCAGGGAGGACCAGGCGGCGGCGGUUCUGGAGGACCAGGUGGCGGCGGUCCUGGAGGACCAGGCGGCGGCUUUGGAGGACCAGGAGGCGGAGGCGGUUUUGGAGGACCAGGAGGCGGCUUUGGAGGACCAGGAGGUGGCUUUGGAGGACAAGGCGGCGGCUUUGGAGGACAAGGCGGCGGCUUUGGAGGACCAGGCGGCGGCUUUGGAGGACCAGGCGGCGGCUUCGGAGGACAAGGCGGCGGCUUCGGAGGACAAGGCGGCGGCUUCGGAGGACAAGGCGGCGGCUUCGGAGGACCAGGCGGCGGCUUUGGAGGACAAGGCGGCGGUUUCGGAGGACCAGGGCAUCACGGCCCAGGAGGCGGUUUUGGAGGACCAGGCGGCGGUUUUGGCGGUCCCGGCGGCGGUCCGGGAGGACCAGGGCAUCACGGCGGACACGGGGUGGAGGUGGACCAGGUGGAGGUGGAGGUGGACCAGGUGGAGGUGGAGGUGGAGGUGGACCAGGUGGUCGCUGACUGA